CAGCGUUGUUCGUUUUGCGGCGGGCCAACCGUGCGGAUACUCGACAAGCUGCCAACUGAAACUGCAUGUUAACAUCUUAGGUGGAGCAACAUUGGCCCGCAACCAGCAGAUACAUUUGUUUACAUUUGCCAAAAAGGGCAGGAAAAACGCAAACCCAAAAUAGUUUACUCAUUCCAUGACAAGUGACUGAAACAAUAAGCCUAAAACGUUUUAAAACUCUCUUAAAAUACAAAGAAUGACAGCAAAAGCAGCAAUAUCCACAGCGAUGGCAUAAAGUGUUGCAACAAAAACGGCAGCGCCAACAUCGUCAACGGCAGACGGGGUAGUCACUCGGCUAGUACGGCAACCAUACUUGUCUAUGGCUAAUACAAAAGUAACAAACAACAAAUCGCCAACAAAAAUUGAGUUAAAAGUUUGCCAAAGCAUUUGAUGCUAAAAAAAACAAAACCGAAAAUACAAAAACCCCAUCAACAUUCGCAACACUUUUACGAGUUGCCAACUACCGUGUACAACGAAUUUUUAUUACUGAACUAGACCUACGGCGAGGCGUUCUAGUAUGCUAUGGCCGUGGGAAGGGCUCCGGCUGUUGGUGCACCCUUUGGAGCUGGCCAGGACAUAGCCAGCGACAACAGUGCCCAGUGCCGCACGUUGGCCACCAAGGUGCGUCGGAAAGGGCCACGCCCCCAGUGGCGUCUGCACCCACCCCUUCUGCAGUCCCUUCGCCUGAUCCUGCAUCUGACCCAACACCUGCGCCUUCUCCUCUGGCUUCUGUGCUGCUGCUGCCAACUGGCCCAGAGCGCAGUGAACGCCGAGUGCCUGGCGGUGUGCGAGUGCAAGUGGAAGAGCGGAAAGGAGUCCGUCUUGUGCCUUAACGCCAACCUUACACAUAUCCCCAGGCCUUUGGAACCUGGCACUCAGCUGCUGGACUUGAGUGGUAAUGAAAUACAGUCUAUACCCGACGACAGCUUCGCCUCUGCCCAAUUGUUAAACCUGCAAAAGGUAUACUUGGCCAGGUGUCAUUUGAGGCUAAUUGAACGCCAUGCGUUUCGUAAGCUUAUCAAUCUGGUAGAAUUAGACCUCAGUCAAAAUCUGCUCUCGGCCAUACCCUCGUUGUCUUUGUUUCACGUUUCGGAACUGCGGGAACUGCGACUGAGCGGAAACCCCAUACUUCGUGUUCCUGAUGAUGCCUUCAGACACGUGCCUCAAUUGGUCAAGCUAGAGUUGAGCGAUUGUCGACUGGGCCACAUUGCUGUUCAGGCAUUUGCCGGCCUGGAAAGCAGCCUGGAGUGGCUGAAACUAGACGGAAAUCAGUUAAGUGAAGUUCGGAGUGGCACCAUAACUUCCUUGGCGUCGCUACAUGGCUUAGAACUGGCCGGAAACGAGUGGAACUGCAGUUGUUCUCUAAGACCUCUUAGAGCCUGGAUGCUGCAACAAAAUAUUCCAAGUGGCGUACCCCCCACUUGUGCUGCUCCAGCUAGGCUGUCUGGAAGAGCCUGGGACAAGCUAGAUGUGGAUGACUUCGCCUGUGUACCACAGAUCGUGGCUACUGACACCACUGCCCAUGGAGUCGAGGGCCGAAACAUCACUAUGAGCUGUUAUGUGGAAGGUGUUCCCCAACCAGCCGUUAAGUGGCUACUAAAAAAUCGGCUCAUAGCCAAUCUCAGUGCCGGCGGGAAAGGUGAUUCCGAGUCGGAGCCCAGGACUGCAGCAGCCACUCAAGGACGAAAAACCUAUGUAGUAAAUAUGCUACGAAACGCCUCUAAUCUGACGAUUCUUACAGCCGAUAUGCAGGAUGCGGGAAUCUACACAUGUGCUGCAGAAAAUAAGGCCGGCAAAGUGGAGGCCAGUGUUACGCUGGCCGUAUCCAGAAGACCUCCAGAAGCACCCUGGGCCAUAAGGACUGUACUCCUCGGCGUCAUAGCUGCCCUUCUUCUGGUCGGUGGCUCUUCAUUUGCCGCUAUAUGCUUCUGUUCUAUGCAAAGGCGAAGAAAACUUAGACUUUGGAACUCAGUACCACCAGUAAGAAGAAGUGAAAGCUACGAAAAGAUCGAAAUGUCGGCUAGGACGCGACCGGAUCUGGGAGGCGGGGCUAGCUGCGGGGGCGGUAGUGCCACCGGAGCGUGUCUCUUCCCUGAUUCUGAAGAGCAAAGCUAUUUGAGAGUAGGGAACACUCCGAUAAGCGACAACGAGGCAGCGGCCAUAGUGAAUCCCAGUGCAGCCGGAGGAGCUCAGAGAAGAAACGGUGACUACCUGCACGUAUCCACCCAUUGCGAUGACGAGGAGGAAGAGCAGCAGAAACAGCUGCACGAGCACCACCUACAAGCAAUUGCGAAUCCACAGCAAAAUCAGCAGAGGAAAGGCUCCCAGAGCCAUGUUGUCUCCGAAUCCGUGCCGAACAUUUCACCGCCGAUGGAGGAAACGGAUCUGCACAUACCACGCCUCAUCGACAUCAGCGGAACCGACUCGGCCUCGAGUUCCAUCUCCAGUCAAGUAGACGCCGCAGCCCGCUUAGCGGGUUACACCGGGCAGUCCUGGAAAACCACGCCCAUUGCUACCACGAAGAUCAAAUCACCGCACAGCAAGCCUACGGCCACGACCACCUCCUCGGCUACGCCCUUCGUGCACUACGGAAGCAGAGCAGCCGACGACGGAAUGGCAACCUCCGUGUUUUGUAGCGAAGGCCAUGAAAGCGAGUUUUUUGAUAGCAAUUACCCGGACUUGUUGGAUAUUGCCAAGUAUGCGGUGGCGCAGGCGCAGCAAAGUCAGGGGCAGGCUUAUGGCCAAGCCACGCCCAUUUCAAACGGGGGUCUUUGCACAUUGCCCCGGAAACUGAAGACAAGUGGCAAGUACUUCCGCAAUUCUUCGGACAGUCAGUCGCCACUUUUGGCGGAAAAUUCAAGCAAAUACGGCAGCAGCACUCUGGGCGACGGAACUUUUCUUAACGAAGCUAUGGGCGUAGGUCGUAGAUAUUCAGCAGAGUCCAGCUAUGCGAAUUACUCGAGUACAACGUCCUACACGGGUGGCGGUCAAAGGGCAAACAGCUUUCUCAAUCUGGUCCAAAGUGGCGCCCACAAGGGCCCAAGCAGCUUAUUGGCGGGACACCUGGGACAAAAGCCGAGCCUUCCCUCCAGUCCAGUGCAGCAUCAGAGAUCCUUGUCAAGCGCGGCCACGCCUCUUCUAGAUUUCACCGCCCUGGCGUCGAGAGCCGCCGGGGCAGCCAAUUCCUCGGUGGCCGCUUACGAUUACCACGCUGCGCAGUUGGAGCGUUUCCUAGAGGAGUAUCGCAACCUGCAGGACCAGCUAUGCAAGAUGAAAGAGACCUGUGACACGAUCCGAAAAAAGGAGACUCCUCUCCGAGUGGCCGUCGGACAGUCGGCGGCCCAGGUGGCUGACCCUGUGAUGUACAGUGCGGCCUCGCAUAGUCCAAAGCCGCCAACGGCGGGCAACUUGAAAGCUAAGACUUUGCUCCCAGGUCAACCACCGGACCCGCCGCCCUAUUGGCUCCACCGCAACGCCAUGCUCAAACGCCUGAACGCGGACGGUUGUGCGAAUGGGGGUGCCGGCGUGGCAGGUGGUUCACCAGCCUCCCCGCAGCCAAGACAGGAUAUAUUUAAAAGCUAAUCGAAAAUGUACAGCCGGGGAAUUAAGCGAAAAUGAUAUCAGGGUUCUUCGGACACCCGAAGAAGGCAUGAUCUUUCCCUUAGCGAAAUAAAAGUACCCAUUUUAUGCAAACUGAAUCGUUUUAGUUUCUAUGGUUUAGUUGAAGACAGCUAUAGUCGAUCUAUGUAUAUGCUGAUGAUUAAAAUGUUGUAAAAAUUGCAAGUCAUACUUACCCGUUGAAUUCAAACUAGUCCUAAAUUAAAAAUUCUAUUUUUCAAACUGAAUUGGAAUUAAAAAUAUAUAAAUCGCUUUGUAAGCUCAUGCCUGAUUGAUGAAAUUGCAUUUGUCUGAAUAGUUAGUUAGGCUCAGGUAGUUCGAGGUCACUUAACUGGUUAAAUACCCAGCCUCUCUAUUGUAUUAUAGUAAAACUUUUCCACUCUUUAUACUCGCUAUUAAAAAUAUAUUACACGUAACGAAAUUGUUAAGGAGAACCCAUAGAAAGAUCAUUAUGUGUGUAUAGUCAGCAGUCCCCUUAGUCGAAGGAAACUUUCUGGAGUAAAACCCUCUUAGACUGUACCCCUCCCAAGUACCCCCUAAAACUCUCGUGUUAGUCUAACUACAAGUGUUUAUGUACUUUAAGUGAUCUCAUAUAUAAACCAAGAAGCUAAUAUAAGACGAUCUUAUAAAAUCAUACAAUUGAGUUGGCACAGACUGCGAGCAUCGAUUUACAGAGGAUCGAUUCAUCGAUUGAAGUAUCGGUUGAUUGUUAGACGUGUGUUUUUUUAGUUGUUUACAGUUAAGAUCAAAAGUUUUAAACCAAUUAAAUAUUGGAAUCAAACUGGAUUCAAUCGAUUAAGAAAUUGUUCACUUACAAUAAAAACAAAAAGUAACGCAUAUUUUAGUGUGUCACCGAGCUAAAACUUGACAAAAAUUUCACCCAA